CACCAAUGGCGGCUCCCAUGUCCUGGAGGAGGCUGGUGCACUCCGUGUACUCACCGGCCAUCGCCGGGGUUUUUACACGUAUAUCGGACCGACUUUUCCGUGCUCGGGACAGAAGAGGAGGCUCCUCCGUGCUGCUGCUGGCUCCCCUGCUGGCUGAAACCGACCCGGCCCCGUGUCGCGUCUCCAGGCCCACCGGGUCAGCCGGAGCUCAGGGCACAGACGGCCUCUGCACCCACUUCCGAUGGAUGGCGGAGCACGUACCCGCCUUCCGGGUGCCGGGCACCCACAUCCACAUUCUCACAUCGCCCGACCAGUUCUACCAGGCCAUGAAGGUGCGAAUCAAGACGGCAAAGAGGCGAGUGGUGAUGGCCUCGUUGUAUCUGGGAACGGGUCAGCUGGAGCAGGAGCUGGUGGACUGUAUGGAGGAAGCUCUACAACGCUCCCAGGACAGAGGUUGCUCUCCUGACCUAAAGGUCUCCAUACUGCUGGACUACACCCGCGGGUCACGAGGGCAGGUUAACUCGAGGACCAUGCUGCUGCCGUUGUUGCAACGCUUCACCUCUCAGAUGCGGGUCUCUCUGUACCACACUCCAGACCUGAGGGGGCUGCUGCGGCUGCUGGUCCCUCAGCGCUUCAACGAGACCAUCGGAGUCCAGCACAUCAAAGUCUACCUGUUUGACGACAGCAUCAUCAUCAGUGGGGCCAACCUGAGCGACUCGUACUUCACCAACAGACAGGACCGCUACGUGCUGCUGGAGAACUGCAGGGAGGUCGCCGACUUCUUCUCCGAGCUGGUGGAGGCUGUGGGAGACGUUUCCCUGCAGCUUCAGCCCGAUGACUCGGUCACCAUGCUGGAGGGCAUGGUGCACCCGUACAAAGGCAACAGGCAGGACUUCUCAGCGGUGGCGAGGAAGCGGAUCAUGGAGGUCGUGAACACGGCUCACGUGAGGCAGCAGCUGCUGAACCGGUCGGAGGACUCUGAGGACGAGGGGAUGAGCGAGGGGGAGGAGGACACCUGGGUGUUCCCCCUGGUCCAGAUGAAACCUCUGGGCAUCCAGGUGGACGAGCAGGUCACACAGCGUUUGCUGACGGAUGCCGGGCCGGACUCCACUGUGUUUCUAACAUCGGGUUACUUCAACCUGACCCGGGCGUACAUGCGGCUGGUGCUCGGGGCCGGCGCCAGCUACCGCAUCCUCACCGCCUCCCCCGAGGUCAACGGGUUCUUUGGAGCCAAGGGCGUCGCCGGAGCGAUCCCUGCAGCUUACAUCCACAUCGCCCGACAGUUUUACAACCGCGUGUGUCAGCUGGGCCAACAGGAGAGGGUGCACCUGCACGAGUACCACAGACCACAGUGGACCUUCCACGCCAAAGGUCUGUGGUAUUACCUCCAGGGGCAGGAUCGGCCUUGCCUCACUCUAAUUGGUUCCCCUAAUUUCGGUUACCGCUCGGUUCAUCGUGACCUGGAGGCCCAAAUCGCUAUAGUAACCGAGAACGAGGAGCUGCAGAACCAGCUGCAGGAGGAGCAGGAGACGUUGUACCGACGCUCCACUGAGGUGGACAGCUCCACGUUCGAGCGGCCGGACCGCCACGUCAGACUGUGGGUGAAACUAGUCACUCCCCUCAUCAAGAAUUUCUUCUGAGAUGCCGUCAGGGGGAAGAUGGCUUCGGAUUUCAUUGGUCCUGAGGUCUAAGGUCUCGGUGGAGGUCUCGGUCCCGCUCACGCAGAUGAUACAGUCGAGAAUCACCGACACGCUGGGAGUCUGCUUCUUCAGCUUCACCUCGGCUACAACCCUCAUCAGUGACUGUCGUAUGCACACACUCACAGGAGCAGACGUAUGUGCUGAAUUCAGGAGGAAAAUCCUCUUUUUUUUUUUUCAAAUUUAAGCUACAGACCCUUCACAUCUGUUACUCCGUUAGACUGUUUCUAUAGUAACACCUGGUGUCCUCACACUGGAUUUCUGGUUUUGCAGUAUUACUACUACUGUACAUACAUCUCUACAGACCCACGUUGCAUGUAUAAGAAGGUGAUAGAGACUUCAUCAGUGAGUGUCCCUGAUGUAAUGAAGGCUGUGAUGGUAAACAGACGGGUGUGGUGAAGCAUUGCGAUUCCUCAAGGAGCCUUAAUAACAGUUUUUAAGAGCUCUCAGAGUGUGUUUACAGCUCUGCCCACAGCAGUAAUCAAAGUUAACUGUACAGUGUCUAUGUGUUAUUAUCUGUGUAAAUUAAAGGAUGAUGUG